AUGGUCCUCCAACGCGAGGAAUGUGCCAAUCCACUUUUGCAGCGUUGGCUUGGUGAAUGGCUCGAGGAGGCGAAAGCUUUGCAGAGCAAGGCUUUUUACACGUACAAAAAGGCCUACGAUUCCAUUACCAAAUGUCCCAUUGCAUUCGCGCACCCUUCCGAAGCCGAGCAAUUGAAAGGCAUUGGCCCAGCACUUACGGCACGUCUGGAGAAACGCAUGAUUCAACACUGCCAAGAGAAUGAUUUGCCGAUUCCCACCAGAGUAAAAAGUACGCAGAGGCGACGGAAUGACGCGAAUGGAGACAACGAUGCCACAGCAGAAACACCAAAGAAACGUCGCACCACAUCAAAGGCGUACGUACCACGUUUACGUACCGGUGCCUAUGGGAUCCUGCUUGCUUUGCUGGAUUUCAAAGAGAAUAAUCAGCCUCAAGCAACAAAAGAAGAAAUCAUGUGGAAAGCCCAAGAUCACUGCGAUACAUCUUACGAUUUGGCAGAACCGGGCAAAAGCUACACGGCAUGGCAUAGCAUCAAAACGUUGUUGAACAAAGAAUAUGUUUGGAAAAAUGGAGUGCCCGCCAAGUACAUGCUCACCGAUGCAGGCUAUGAGAUGGCGAAGCACCUGAAAAGACACUCCGGUCCCCAUGCGGACCAAGGAACGACCAUGCCUCGAGUUCCGCGUCGUUCUGGCCGGGAUCUAGACGACGACGAUGACGAUGAUGACGAUUUGGAUACGCAUGACGAUGUUGAUCUCAGUCUGUACGUAUUGGAUCCCAACAAAUACACAAACCAACAACCAUCGCCAUUGCUAUCUUUAGCAGAAAACACGAAUUCAUCUGUGCAAAGAGAGAGCGUGGCGGCUGAGAGCACGUCCUCACGACCAUCUGAUCAUGCUGCAUCUGCCAAACCACACACGUCAGCAAAGCCAAAGGAUAUUGGAACCUAUAGCGAUCUUAGCCCUCGGAUUUCGGUUGAUCCUCAAGACAAAAGACGACCAUCAGCAUCUAUCGCAAGCACUACGUCAGUUACUAGCGUUCGUUCCUCUCUCGGCACAACGAGUCUAUCAACCAUGCUAGAUGACAUGUUUCCCCAUCAACGACUUUCUUUGCCCACUAGGCAACGUCCCGCCAACCGGACAACGAAUGCAGAGGCGGUCCACCUCCCAUCCAAACCUUCUACAUCGCUAUCUGUAACCGAACAAGCUUCAUCCUCGAAAAAUACCCACCAGCGCAUGUCGCUUUCUCCUUUUGCUCCCCAUACAGAUCUCGAAAGUUAUGAAAACUGGAUAGCAACAUCCAAAAUUGUUAAAGGCAAGGGCCGCGCCCUCGAUUCGUUGCCUCAGCAAACGCCCUAUGUACCGUCAGCUCAACCUCAUUUACUGGAGCGGGAAUUGCAUUCUGUGGAUCGCUAUCGCGACAAUGUUUUAUCUUCCCCGACAUUCGGUUCCGAUUCCUUAUACCCAUCACUAGAUCUCACAUUAUCGCCUGUAGCUACUGCACAGCGAGAGAACGACGACAAUGUUAUUGUGCUUUCAUCUCCUUCUCCAUCGCCUAGUCUGCCGCCCUUAUCACCAUUAUCUUCUUUGCCCGUAAUAGACCCAGUUCAAGAGGAUCCAGAAUUAUCUACAUCGUCGAGCCAGGUUCCACCGACCGAAGCACUGAAAUACACUUAUCUGGAUACUGACAAUCAUGCUGUGGCUCGUAUUCAUCAAGCAGAGAUCGCCAUUGAUGAAAACCGUGGUUGCUUGGCGUACAAGAUCCGAUUUUCAGCGCAACAAAAGAGUCAUCCAUGGGUAACAUGUAUAAUGAAUGCGCAGCCUGAUACCAAUCAUACCUAUGUGGGAUACCUAGCUGAAGAUUUGGCCACACCCUUCUGCCCUGGGCUACAGGAUGACUCAACAAUACCUCAGGUCGAUGUACCAGCAAAGGGGCAUUCUUUGACGGGUGGCGGAGCGGUUGAUAUAUCCGAAGAGAUGGAAAGUUCACAGACCUCAAUAGUUUCAAUGUCCCACUUGAGCAGCACCACUCGAUGGGUGUCUUUGGCACCGGAUGAUUACGAGAUUCUGCUGGUGCUAGACAAUCGAGAAAUUAAAAUGCGAAGCAAUCGAGACUACAUCCAAGAUAAGCUGAAGGAUAAAGGAAUCAAUGUUGUCAAGCGUAGCUUGGAGCUGGGCGAUGUUAUCUGGGUUGCACGUGAAAAAGGGUCCAACAAUCCCAGUCAGGAAAUCUUUCUUGACUUUAUUGUGGAGCGUAAACGCAUGGACGAUUUAAUCAGUAGCAUCAAAGACGGACGAUUUCAAGACCAAAAGCUACGAUUGCGGCGGUCGGGGGCAGAAAAAGUGAUCUAUAUUAUCGAAGAAUAUAACAAAGAAGAAGCAAUCAAUUUUGGCGCUCAGGCCAUCCAGUCGGCCAUGUCGACGACGCAAGUGAUGGAUGGGUUUUUUCUAAAAAGAACUGCUACGAUCGAUGAUACCAUCAGUUACCUUGUGAACGUAACUAAAAUGGUAGAAAAGAAAUAUCAGGGUGUUACGCUGUACAGGAUUCCCGAACAUUUGAUCAGUCGAGAAAACUACUCUGACCUCAAAAAACAGUACAACCAACCCGGACAAUUUCAUGCCAUUUCGUAUCCUGUAUAUAACCAACUGAACAGCAAAUACGGUGCCUCUAUCUUGCAGGAUUUAUAUAUGCGUAUGCUGAUGAAGAUUCGCGGUGUGAGCGCCGAGAAAGCGCUGGCCCUGAUCAAAACCUAUCCUACUCCGCAUGCGCUCCUAAAGGCGCUCGCCAGCCAAUCGACAACACAAGGCAGGUUGCUGGCAAGGGAUGUUACCCGAAAUGGGCUGAGUCGUCGUCAAUGGAAUGCCAGUUUGAGCGAAAAGCUGUGGCAGGUUUGGGGGCAGCCAUCGUCAUCACCAACCUCAUCUUCACUCACUUGAUCGUUAAAACAAUUAUCAUCACAAUUUGCAAUCCCAAUCACAGUCCAAAUAAUCAUUAUUAGCAUAUUUUGCAUCGUUAAACUUAUUAUCAUCGUAUCACUAUCACUUGAAGAAGAAGAAGAAAAAAAAAAGAUCAAACUAUUGCCGACAAAGUAAUGGCGAAAAAAAAAUAACUUAAAAAAAUGAAAAUGAAG